AUGGAUGCUCAGAAGGCAACUGAGUUCACUCCUCAAUCUGCCGAGCAGAGACCAGUGGUCACGGCGGAGUAUAAUCGGUUCCGCGGGAGGGGCACCAGCAAACAGGAUCCAGACACCCACCAGGAAGUGACUUCGACCGACGGACGGCAACCCGAAUCACCGAAGGAACCCACCGACGUGUCUUCGUCCAGGGGGCGUGCGAGCUCAAGCUCGGGUACUGGCGAUAAGACGGACGCCUCGGGAGUGGGCAAAACAGGCACGGACGGAGACACGACGGCAUCUCCGACUGUGACGUCGGAAUGGUCGCGGCAGGCCACUCCCACGCAGAGGUCGCCACUCCCCUCGGUCACAUCGACCGAAAUGUUUGCGGCGCUGGUAGCGGAGACGACGCAAUCUCCUCGGACCGAACACGUGGCAGCGUGGAGCGCUACGAUUCAGCACCUUUUUGCAGAAGUAAACCAUGCGGUGCCUGUGCAGUCGGAGGAGGUGCCGGCGGAGAGGAAGCGUUUUCCCACCCUGCACGCUGCUGAAGCGAGCGCAUUGCUCGGGUUGUUUGAGCAGGCUUGCGCAACGCGACGAAGCAGCUUUACUGAGUGGGAAAAAAUAGCAAAGUUGAUAGCGAAGGAAUUGAUCACCACGAAAUGGGCCUUCACGGAUAUCGUCCGUCGUAUUGCGAGCAAACAAAAGUGGGCUUAUUCCCCGGUGUUGAGUCAGUGGGCUACCGUCGUUCGGACGGGGACGGCGGCGUCAGGCCCGGACACCCCGCGCAAAAACGCUGAGUUGCCCCGUUACGAAGAGUUCAUGUUUGAUCCUUCUGCUUUCUCGGAGGAGGAUAUCUCCCGACUGAGAGCUCUAUGUGCGGCCACGGGAGCUCGAGCGAGGCUGCAUCACGUUAUGGAGGGCACGGAUGAUGAGUGGAAGGUCAUCGCGGGGCUGGUGGAAGGGAAUGUGGCAUGUCGGCGCUUACCAGAUUUUGUCAAGGAAGUCCUCAAAAGCGAGGAAAGGCUUCGUCUUCUCAGAACGAUCCAAGCCCAAGUUGAGGGCGAACUCGUGUUACACUUGGAUCGCGCCCGCGGCAACAGAGUUAGCCGAAGGACAACGAAGGCCAUAACUGAAAGCAUUUUGGAGUCAGCUAAACUCGCGCGGGCUAUGCUACAGGCCCUGCACCGUAUGCUAAGUCAAACGAAGACAAUUUGCUAUGACCAAGUGACCAAGACAAUCCAUUUCUAUUUCUUCACUAGGACAACGUCACAUAGUCACAGGGAGGUGAUGGUUCCCUUCUACGGUGGGGUUAAUCGGCUGCAUAAUGCCCACCGCCCAGAAAAAGGGUCGAUCUGGCAGAGACAGCUAGGGCACAAUGGAUCUCCUACUGGGCGGCGAGCCGAAUACGCUGUGCACCUGCACAACCUUACGCGCUUCAGUGACGUCGACAAAAUCGCGGCCUUUGUAAAGACAAAGAUACCAACGGACUUCGACAUGGACGACAUGGACACACACACACCGAAUUCACGAACAUCCACAAUAUGGAGGGUGACAUUUAAACUCGCAAUUUGUCCAACAUUUUUGAAUGGUGCUUGCCUACAACGCGGCAACCUUGACCACACCCUUGUCCUGUGCAGUUUUACGGAUGUCCAGUUGCGGGGUCCUGGAGCAAUCGUAGUAUCUCAAGAGGAUGUACGCGGACUAGAUGACCUCGCCAUACAUUUCUCAAGUCUAGCGGAACUCAAGGCCAUGGCGGGAAAACGACUGCAGCUCCAAAAGGGGGCUUACCAGACGGCUCAAAUGGCCGUAACGCCAUCCACUCCCACAGAAGCAGUACAACCGGGAACAGAAGGCUCCCAGCUGUUCCCAUCAGCUCCCGACAUUAGCAGCGCUCCGCAAGUGGAGAAAGGAACAUUUUUAAGCAUCUACAGCCUCUCCCGAAACCGAUCGCACAGCAACCGUGGCUUUCCCGCCCAAGCAAGGGCCGUCGCCACCCACCUGCAAGCUCCAAAGAGUAUCCCGCACGCGUCAACACGAUCUACGGGCAAUUAUCAGUCCUACAGGAGGACGGAGUGCAGCCGUCGGCGGAUACGGCCGACCAACCGACGCGCCAAGAACCUCAAUCGAGUUUUAACGUGGUCGACUUAA